AUGGCGCCGAACAGGAUCCUGAAGCACUUCAACAGCACCCUGGCUGCGGCCUUUACCGUCAUCGCCAUCUCAACCUUCAACUACGGCUUCGACAAUGCGGGCUACUCGACCACGCAGGCCAUGGACGCGUUCCAGCGCCAGUUCGGCGACCAGAAUCCCACGACCGGCAAGUGGAAACUGCCCACCGGAUGGCUGGCGCUCUUCAACAGUCUCAACUACAUCGGGUUCGCGGCCGGCGUCAUCAUCGGCAGUCUCGUCAGCGCCCGCUGGGGCCGCCGGUGGUGCAUGUUCGCAAUGAGCGCCUGGGCUGUGAUCCCAGCGACGAUUGCCGUGACGUCCAACACCCGCAAGCAGAUUAUGGCCGCUCGUAUUCUCAACUACAUUUACGUUGGUAUGGAGCUGGCCGUUGUUCCCGUGUACCAGUCCGAGAUCGUGCCAUCCGAAAUCCGCGGCUUCGCCGUCGGAUCAUACCAAUUUAGUCUCAUGUUCGGUACGCUCAUCGUCAACUCCGUCUGUAGAGGAACUAGCACAUUGGAAGGUAACGCCUCCUGGCGGAUCCCCAUGGGCUUGUUUUACGUGAUUCCCGUUGUCGUCAUGGGCCUGAUCUUCUUCAUUCCUGAGAAAUCAAAGUCGCCGCGGUGGCUUUUGACCCAGGAUAGAGUCGAAGAGGCCCAAGUAUCUCUCAAGAAGCUCCGAUCCGGAACCAUUUCCGACGCCGAAAUCGACGAACAAUUCGCAUCCCUGCAGUACGCGUUAAAGCAGGAAGUCGAGCAAGGAAACUACAUGGAAUUGUUCAAGGGGAUCAACUUGAAGAGAACGGCCAUCGUGGUGAUGAUGAAUUUUCUUCAGCAAGCCACGGGACAAGCCUUCGCCUCCACCUACGGAGCCAUCUUCAUCAAGGACAUCGGCACCGUCAACCCCUUCACGAUGACCAUCAUCAACGCCAUCGUGAACCUGUGCAUGGUGUUUGUUGGGCUGUACCUGAACGACCGUGUGGGACGCCGCCCUCUGCUUCUUAUCGGAGCCGUCUGGCAGUUUGCAGCCAUUGUGACGAUGGGUUCUUUAGGCACCGUGGUAGAUCCAUCGUUUGCGGUCAAGACCAGCAUUGUCGCUAUGCUGACAGUUUUUGCGGCCGGUUACGUAUUUGCAUGGGUAUUCGAUGAUGAUUCACUGAAAUCUGGGAACAUCCCACUGACAAAUGGCCAGGCGCCUCUCAACUACGUCGUCACGACCGAAAUCCCUGCCCUCCGACUCCGCGAUGCGUCCCAACGAACGGCCUCCAUGGUCAACGUUCUGGCCAACUUCCUAGUCAACUUCAGCAUCCCCUAUUUGCUCUACACGCCUGGUGCAGGCCUGGGAUCUAAAGUUGGGUUCAUUUUUGCAGGAAUCCUGGUAUUCGCGCUCGUCUUCACUUGGUUCUGCAUCCCCGAAUGCAAGGGCAAGUCCCUCGAGCAGAUUGACCGGAUGUUCAACGAGGGCAUCCCUCUCCGAAAUUUCGGCAAAUACAAGCCUGAAGACGUAUUCCAGGACUCGACAGAGGAUGGCGAGAAGGGUGGUGUGAUUGUCAUGGCACGGCACGAGGAGAAGGCGUAA